CGAUGACGGAAGUCAUCUACCUUCAAUUCGGGUCGGUAGCGUUCAGCAUCGAUCCUCGGGAUAUCACUUGGCUUCCGGUCGACGUCAACCAGCCCAUGGGAAGGUGUUUGAGCUCGAUCACCGGUUCUGCGAUCGAUGACAAGGGCACCUGGCUGAUCGGCGAUCCCUUCUUGAAGAACGUCUACAUGGUGACGGACACGGGUAACAACAAGAUCCACCUCUCCGGACGAGAGGGAACUCAGACGACCAGCCGUGGCGCUCAGGUGGCGCGAAAUGGACAGAGCUUGCGGGAAGGUGAUGGGAAUGGACAAUACUUUCUGCUUUACGGACAAAACGACAUGAUACGGACAAUGCGCUUGAUGGACACUGCUACCUACUGCCUCUCGAUUGUUAUAUAUCUCUAUUAUAAAGUAUGAUGCACUUUCUGGGCAUCCCGACGGGAUCCUACGGGC